CAGCUCUCUUCAGACCAACACCAACACCAGAACUACAGUAGACAGCAUCUCUACAUCAGAGCUUUCUGAACAACAGGGCAAUGACACACUUCAGAGUCCUCAGUCUCUGGGUCGUCACCAUUCUCCCUUUGUAUCUGCACACAGGUAAGAGUGUGUGUGUGUGUGAUAUUGUCUGAUGUUCUCCAUUCUCUUGAUACUCAGUAUCUGUAUGUGCUAUAGAACAGUGUUUUCCAGGGCUACAGUAAAAAUGUGUACUGUUGGGGGUACAGGAGGACCAUGGUUGGGGGUACUGGAGGACCAGGGUUGGUGGUACAGGAGGACCAGGGUUGGGGGUACUGGAGGACCAGUGUUGUGGGUACAGGAGGACCAGGGUUGGGGGUACUGGAGGACCAGUGUUGUUGUUACAGGAGGACCAGGUUUGGGGGUCCUGGAGGACCAGGGUUGGGGGUACUGGAGGACCAGGGUUGGGGGUACUGGAGGACCAGUGUUGUGGGUACAGGAGGACCAGGGUUGGGGGUACUGGAGGACCAGUGUUGUGGGUACAGGAGGACCAGGGUUGGGGGUACUGGAGGACCAGGGUUGGGGGUACUGGAGGACCAGGGUUGUGGGUACAGGAGGACCAGGGUUGGGGAUACUGGAGGACCAGGGUUGUGGGUACAGGAGGACCAGGGUUGUGGGUACAGGAGGACCAGGGUUGUGGGUACAGGAGGACCAGGGUUGGGGAUACUGGAGGACCAGGGUUGUGGGUACAGGAGGACCAGGGUUGUGGGUACAGGAGGACCAGGGUUGUGGGUACAGGAGGACCAGGGUUGUGGGUACAGGAGGACCAGGGUUGGGGGUACAGGAGGACCAGGGUUGGGGGUACUGGAGGACCAGGGUUGUGGGUACAGGAGGACCAGGGUUGUGGGUACAGGAGGACCAGGGUUGGGGGUACAGGAGGACCUUGACCUCAUCAACAUGUCUGCUGUCUUCACUGAUCCACUUCCAUGUCCCCCUUCAUCUAUCUCCUCCAAGGUGAUUUUGCAGAGAUCAUUGAUGGAAAUGAAGUACCACCUCACUCCUUACCCUAUAUGGCCCGACUGGAGGACGGUAAAGGCAAUCUGGUCUGUGGAGGGAUCCUCAUUAACGAGUCAUGGGUCCUGACUGCAGCCCACUGUAAAGAACGGACGGGAUAUUUCUCACACAGGUAGGUUGUCACAAUACCCAGAUUGACCUUCUUGUUUUUGUGUAUAUUUGUAAUAUUGUUUUUGUUUCAUUGCAAUAACUUAAUCACAGAAAAAUAUAAAAUGAUGCCAGGUGAUGCCAAGUCAAAAUUGUAUUGUGCUGAAUAGCAAUGUUUCAUUUUUCAGUGUUGCUGUAUUGCAUUGUACCCAACUGUGCUAGUCACAUCCAACAAAUCUCUGAGUCGAUGUUGUGUUUUAACUAAUCUGAUUCUGGAUGUUGUCUUUAGGAUCAAGAAGGUCAAUCUGGGUGUCCACUCGGUGAACAAUGAAGCUUUCAGACAACUCGUAGACGUGAAGAAGCAUGUUCCUCAUCCCUACUUCAAUGUUGCAGAGUUCCGCCACGACAUCAUGCUGAUAAAGGUCAGGAUAAAUACUAAAGAAUGAUUAUAACAAACUUAAUCCAUAACAUUUUCUGUUCAAAAUAAGGUGCACCGUGGAACCACUAUUCUGUCAGAGACAUUGUAAUAAAGAUGUCACUAUAAUAACUGAAUCAAUACAUUUUAAAUGGGGAACAAAAAAUCCAAACUAGCUUUUUUUCCCCCAGGUGUUUGUGAAAGUAAAGACACGGUGGAAUGCAUUUUUUAACGUGUUACAAUAAUUACUGUUGUAAUUAUUGUAUUUCCAACACAUUUCCGGUAGGGUAGUUUUUUUGAUGAAAGUAAAGGUCAAUUUUGCACCAUCCAUCCCCCUUCUUAUGUCCCCGGUUUCCUCCAGCUGAAGAACCCAGUGAAGCUGACCAACACUGUGAAAGUCAUGGAUCUACCCAACCCUGUAUCGGAUGUCCCGGCUGGGACACAGUGCUUUGCGGCCGGAUGGGGACUCACACAGCAGAAUGGUGACCCGUCUGAUGUCCUGAUGUCUGUCAAAGUCACCAUGAUCGACAGGAAGAAGUGUAACUCUCCUAAUUACUACAACUUCUUCCCUAUCAUCACUGGAGGAAUGCUGUGUGCUGGUUUCGGACACGAUAAAGCUGGCACUUGUCAGGUCUGUGUUAGUGUGUGUGUGUGUGUCUUUGUGUGUGUGUGUGUGUCUUUGUGUAUGUGUUUGUGUGUGUGUGUGUGUGUGUGUGUGUGUGUGUGUGUGUGUGUGUGUGUGUGUGUGUGUGUGUGUGUGUGUGUGUGUGUGUGUGUGUGUGUGUGUGUGUGUGUGUGUGUGUGUGUGUGUGUGUGUGUGUGUAAGUAAUCAUCGUGCAUUGUCUGUGUGUUUCAGGGAGACUCCGGUGGCCCGUUGGUGUGUAGAGAUAAGCUAAGGGGAGUCGUGUCGUUUGCUGCUGGAUGUGGUCACGACAACAGACCUACAGUGUACACAUUCAUAUCUAAAUACACUGACUGGAUCACUAAAACCAUCCAAACCUCUGGCUGAUUUACAUACAGUUGAAGUCGGAA